AUGAUCAUUUCUUCUUCAUCUUUUUUCUUUCGUUUCUUCUUUUUUCUUCUCUUCUUUUCUACUUCUACCUCAUUCUCCUACACCCGUCUUCUUGUUGUUGAUCUUCUUUUUCCUCAUUUUCUCUCAUUUCUUCUUUUUCCUUCUUCACUUUUCAUCUCUUCUUCGCUUACUUCAUUUUCAUCUUCUUUUCCUUAUAAUUAUUAUAACUGUUUCUGCUUUUUUUUUAUAAAUUUUUCAAUUAUUCAUUUUUUUCUUACUCCUCCUCUUCUUUCUCCUUGUCUUCUUCUUCAUUCUUCUCCUUUCUAUUUUUUUUUAUUUUCCAAAUUUCUUCUUUUUAUUUUUCUGUUUGUUUUUUCUUCACUUACUCUUUUCUUCUUCCUCACACAAAUUUCUUCAUCUUUUUCUUAUGCUCUUGUCUUCUUCAUGUUGCAGAUCAGCAAUUUCUACUUCUUCUUCCUCUUUUUUAUGUUUCUUCUUCUUCUUCUUCCUCCUUUCAUUAAUCUUUUUUUCCAGUUCUCUUUUCAUCUUUCUUUCUUUCUUUCAUUUGUUCUUUUUCUCAUAUUAUCCUUCCAUAUCUCUUUCUUCUUCUUCUUCCUUUUUCACUUCUCUUUUCAUCUUUCUUUCUUUCAUUCAUUUGUUCUUUUACUUAUAUUAUCCUUCCAUAUCCAUUUCUUCUUCUUCUUCUUCUUCUUCUUUUUCAUCUUUCUUUCUUUCUUCAUUUGUUCUUUUUUUCUUAUAUUAUUUCCAUAUCCAUUUUCUUUUCUUCUUCUUUUCUUUUUUUUUUUCACUUCUUUUUCAUCUUUCUUUCUUUCAUUCAUUUGUUCUUUUACUUAUAUUAUCCUUCCAUAUCUCUUUCUUCUUCUUCUUCUUCUUCUUCUUCUUGUUUUAGUAAUUUUGUCAUUCUUCAUUUUAUUUUCAUUCUUGUCCAAACUUUUUCAAUGUUAUUCAUUCAUUCAUUUUUGGAUUUCUUUUCUUCUUUUACUUAUUCUUGUUUUAAUUCUUUUAUUCUCAUUCACCAGCUGA